AUGACGCGGAAACUCUUGGUUCGCGUGGCCUUUCUUCUUGUGUCCGCUGUCUUCAUUUAUUUAACGAGGAGAUUGAACGUGAACUAUACGGCUUUCUCCUCUGAUGAAACAGUUAGAAUUUCCUAUGAAGACAUGAGGGAAACUGUGAAUACAAUCGACAGCGUUUCUACCCAUGUAGAUCCUAGCCCUCUUUCCACACGAAGCUGUUCGCCACAGCAUCACAUCUUUUUUCUUAAGACGCACAAGACUGGCUCUAGUACGAUGGCAAAUAUUUUUUUUCGUUAUGGCGACUUCAGAAAUCUCGCUUUCGUUCUCCCAAGGUAUAUACUGUUUGAAUGGCCUCAAAGAUUUCAAACUUCCCUCGCCGCUCCCCUUCAAACGAGAAGGCCGAACAUUUUAUGUAGCCACACAAGAUUUAACAAGAAACCAAUCAACUGGAUUUUUCCAAAAGAUUCCAGCAAGUACAUAACCAUUCUCAGAAAUCCAGUGGAUAAUUUUGAAUCGGCCUUCAGGUACAUGAAACUUGGGGAGAUGUUUGGCUUUGGAAACCAUCCAAACUCUUUACAAAAGUUCCUUGAAAAUGGGGUCUCAUUUGCCAACAUGCUUAAAAGGCAUAAUCCCCUCGUAAAUCUUAUAAGAAAUCCUCUCAUGUUUGAUUUGGGUUUGAGUUUUAAGUAUUACCAGAAUUUUACCGCUAUAAACAAGUAUAUUCAGAUUCUAGACAAAGAGUUUGACUUGGUGAUGAUAGCGGACUAUUUUGAUGAAUCAUUGGUGCUGAUGAAACGACUGCUCUGUUGGGAAAUGCAUGACAUUUUGUAUGUAAAGCUCAACGCUAGAGUAGAUAAUGAAACGGGAACAAUACUGACCGAGGACGUUAGGGAAAAUAUCAAAAGAUGGAACAAAGCGGACGUUUUGCUAUUUGAGCAUUUUAAUAAAUCAUUCUGGGAGAAAGUAAAGAACGAAGGAGAAAGUUUUAACGAAGAGCUGGCCGCCUUUCGUCAAAAGAACACUGCUAUGAAACAAGCUUGUAUAGAAAAUAAACCGCACUUUCAAACAAUUUAUGAGGGAAAGUUAGCGAAAGGUCACUCAAUUAGAGAAAAACUGCCCCGAAAAUUGCGAAUGUUUUGUGAAAAGUUAAUUAAAAGCGAAGAAUACUACCUAAAGAACUUGAGAGAAAAGUCUCAGCAUCAGAGAACGCCGUCUAGUUCGAUAGAUCUGCCUCAAAAUUACAAUGAACACGAGGAAGAAGACAAAAAGAGCUGGGAUACAACAAAAGAACUUUCCUACUUUCCUGUUCUGACAUUAAAUCACGACACUCGUGAGACGUCACCGUGGCGGCGUGUAGGAAAUCUGUGGAUAAAACGGGGGCAUAGAGCGGAAAGGAUGAGAAAAAGGCGGUAUAAAGCAAGACGACGGACGAAAAGGAGUUCUAGUUAA